UUUGUACAAAUAAGUAUUGAAAUUUCCACAACGGAUUAUCUAAAUUUUGUAAUAGUUUUAUAAUAGUUUAUACGUGUAUAAUAGUCUAUCGUCAUUUUGCAACGCGGUAAUAAUUUCACAACAUACUGAUAGGCUCAAUGAGAUGCUGAAAUGACGGUAACUAUGAAUAUGACAACCGUUUGAAGCAACUAAAUGACAGUUCGAGUAAAACCGUGGCACAUCCGCACAAGGACUGACAUUUUGUAAAAUUUAUUAUUUCCGGUUAUCAUGUUGCUUCUUACGCGACGAUGAAUUUUCCCGGCGCAAGAUAAUCAUGAAACUUUUCCUCCGUCUGCUGUGUGCCGCAGUUAUUUUUCGUACGCUUUAACCCGAGCUUAUUAUCGUAACGCGUGGUAGAAGAGAGUGUCGCAUUACAAUAUACAAUAACGCCAUUACAGUAUUAUCAGCUUACUACGUAAUAAUGUAACGUGCACCGGGAAAACAGGCGCGUCGCAGAACAUCGUGUUAUAUAAUGUAAAAGAUAUUUCAACGUGGCGCGAUGUGCUCGACUCCUACGAGUCAGUUUUUUAACUUCGAGAGCAAUUUGCAUUCUAAAAAUAGAGCUGAAAUGAGUUUACGUGGAAAUUUUUCGUAUCUCUGUAUGCAUAUUUAAAAACUUUCAGCGUAAGACACACAUAUAUACAUGUAUCGCGUCGCGUUGGACUCGAGCGAGUUAACGCUGCAACGUCGUUGUAUCGGAAGUGUUGCUUCGACCUUUUUCGAGUCCCAUGCCCACGCGGAACAUCGUCGGUCGACGUUCUCCUCGAGAGAGAGAGAGGAAUGGCUCCGUCGUUGAUGCCUCUGUCGUUGCGCCGCCGCCGUGUCGAUUGCGCAAUCAAUUUUCCUCCGAGAAACGUCGCAUGGUCAGCUGGCAUCAUUAAAUUAUGUGCCAGUGUUUACACCGAAGCAACACGUGAAACGACUCCUCCGUCGCCGCCUCCGACAUCCGCUCCGCGCGGUACUACGCCACCCCCAGUGAGAGAGUCGAGCCACCCCCUCGGCUCUUGCCCGGAUCCAGCGGAAUGUACUUAAACGACAGGAAGGUGCACGCGUCGAUUGGUCGGGCGAACCCCGGGUCGAUGGUGAGAGGGGCGCCGGGUCUUUCGCGAGGCUCGUAGUGCCGCUCUGACCACCGUCGCGGCUGGGUUUACUCGUCGUCGCCCUUAACUUGGUAAGACCGCCGCGAUCGCCCGUAAAGAUCUAUCGAUAUCCACGUACGCACGACCGAUCCCGGGAUCCUGGAUCUCGCCCCGUGAUCGAUCGCGCGAUUCCGGCCGGCGAGCUGGCGGCUAAAUUUUAACCGCGCACGAACGAUCGCGCGGAACGAUCGCGAUGGAGCGAUCGCGGUGGUGCGACGUGUUGUAGUUAUAAAGGGCGCCUGCCGUGUACGUGCCAUAGGUGCAGCGGACGGAUCGUUCGCGGGGUCGUUACACCGAACGAGGAGCCGACGGUGCCGGCGGUGCGGUGCGUGUGCAACAACGAGCCAGCGAGGGAUCGGCGAGGAGUAUAGCGGGUAGGCAGUAGUGGUAGUACAUCGCGCGGGGUGGUGUGCCUGCCAGCGACUCCAGCGAGUGGAUCGCAGUCGGACCGUGAAUGCGGCCGUGUUAACAAACCCCCGGGAUCAACAUCGCCUCGCUCGCGGCCGACAAUUCUACGGUAGGGCAGAGAUGAGGCGACAGUCGUACUGUCCGAGCUCAAGCGGAAACGGCGUCGGCGAGCCGCUGAUUGUCGUCGAGGAAAGCACGCUGGGCGAGGAAGAAGCGGAUCGCUGCCGCGCGGAAUCGCCGCCGCGAUGCGUCGACCCAGACUCGCCGUCCUUGAAUCCCUAUCUGCUGUCGCCGUGGAGGGACGCCAGGAAGCACUCCUUGCCGACGCCGCAGUGCACAUCCGGGAUAACCGCAUCCCAGGUGCGACGGCUGAGCGAGCGCGGCGGAGAAGGUUCCGGUCCAUCAGCGAGGGAGGCUGCUUUCCUGGCGACGCUCUCGCAGACACCGGCACCGCAGUCCGGUGGCCGACGGCAUUCCGUCGUCACGAUCUCCAGGGUGCCAACCACCCUGUUCGGGCGCAAUCGUCGCGAGUCCAUCGCCGCGUUUCCUAUGGGAGGCGCAACCAGGAUAUUACAGAGCCGACGGGACUCGUCCACCGGGUUGACCGGUCCGCCCAGCAACAGCGGGAGCACGCACAAUUUGCAGCUCGACAUUAUGGAUGACAUCGCCGAGAUCAAGGCCAGAAAGGUCCGUUUAAAGAUGUACAAGACACCGUCUCGCGAGCGCGUAUGCGAGAUUCAACCCCUGGAGGGCAACGGCUCCGCGACGCAGAAAUACAUACAGCAUCAGAAGCGCCGGUUCUCCGAGUUCUCGGCGUCGGUCGCGGCGUCGACGUCGGCCCUGCGUAGACGCGCGUCCGAGAUGACGAGGCCGCUCUCCGAGAUCGAGAUACCCGGCACGAGUGCGAUGGCGGCUGGUAUCACGUGCUCCAACACGGACCUGAUAUCUAUCCUGAGCUCCCUGACGUCAUCCGCUACCGAGAUAAACACGUGCGGCACGUCGGACGCGUCGAGCGCGAGGGACGAGCAGAAAUCGAGUUGGUCCUCCAAAACGGCGGAGCAGAGGCGCAGCCGGCUCAAGAGCUCUCGGUCCAACAGCUUCGACGUCUCUAUCCUGCACAGCACCAAGAGCAAGACGCCAACCAGCAGCGGCAAGAGCACCAUCGGCACGUUCAUAGCGCCGAGCAGCUGGUUCGCCAAGAGGCAUCAGCCGAUCUCGAAGAAGAGCCGAUACGAUGAGGAAAGCGCGACGACGUUCAAGCUCGACAAGUCGAGGGUGGUCAAGACUGUCAAGGACACGCUCUCGAAGAACGUGAAUUCAAAGCACAAGGUAAUCUGGGACGACAGCAGCGGUACCAAGGUGGACGCUCAGGUGCUCGGUAAUGCCAUCGAGAAGAUCCUCACUUCGGGCCACCGAGGAAGCGACGCGGAGGCGUCGGGCAGCUCAUCCGGAAAGCCAUCCGUGUCGCCGAACAAGUCGCGCACCAGCAAGGUCGCCAGUUGGUUCACGAGCGGGAACAAGGAGCAGGAGCAACCGGACUGCGACUCGAUCUGUUCCACCCUCAAGGACCUCUUCGUCAAGUAGUGCAUCACCGCCGGACCGUCUCCCGCGUCGAUUCGUAUGUUUCGUUUGUAAACAAGAUCUACUGAAUUGACAGGACGAGUUAUUUGCUGCACUGCCGCUGUUUAUUUAUUUUAUUUCUUUUUCGCCGAAUGAGUUCCACAUCCGAGCUAACUCCGGCGCAAAUCCGAAGAGAUCUGCUGGAAUAGUUCUCUUGUUUAUCCUCUUGAAUUGAGUAAGGUUCGAGACUGCGAGAGAGAUCGGGAAGCGAGAGAGAAACGCAGAGAGAAAAAGAUCAAAGCGCUGCGGAAGAUUACAGGUUUGAUCGAAGACUGUUGCUAUUUUUCUCCUGUCUCUCUUACGCAUUUCUUCACACGAUGAAAUAAUUCAAGACAAUCUCGCGUGCAUCUAUCUUUCACAGAGCACGCUCGAAUAUCCGAUGUUCCUUCUCAUCCUCGAAGGAGAUUUUGAAUAUUUAUUUUAUCAUAUCCUGGAGAUUGGUAAUGAAUCCGUCAAAAAUAUUAUUGAAUUUGUGAGGCUUCCCCGUCGACACGAAAUUUCGUUUAUGACCUUACACGAUAUUUUGCUUAUGUAGUAAAGACAGCCAUCAACACGUUCGGUUCAUUUGGUAACAUUUAAUGAAUAUUAAAUUCGUGAUUUCAUUUAUAUCGCAAAAAAUUGAUAUCUCGUUGAAUACGGCAAUUUAUGAAGAGCCGAAGGUCUUUGCCAAUACAUUUGCGCAAAGAUAAGAGCAAGCGUAAAAUGUAGUCCGUAAACGUUGAGUACGAUAUUUACGGGACUAUUUUCGCUCUCUUAUCCUUCGUUUAUUUCGAUUAUCCUAUACAUCUUCCGCGGUCGAUUGCACUCAUGAUCGCCGCGAGAUGAUAGAUAACGCGAUCUGUCCUUGUCCACCCUGAACGAAAACACAAUUACGCACAGAUAAUAUAUAUACAUAUAUAUACACACGCGACAUAUUAUUUCAAUAGUGCAGACAUCGAGAAGAAAUCGAUUAUAAAACUAUUUUCAUAAGAAACAAUUAUUUUUAGUAAUGUGUCAUUUUUAAGUUGUCGUCGAGCGGACGAUGUUACGUUGGCGCGAAGGAAUCCUAGGAAUAAAAUUAUGACAUAAGAGAGCAUUCUGCACUGCGUAUUUCUCGUAUAUUAACGCAGGAUAAUCAUAAACGUUAAUCUAAUCCUUUGCUGGCCAAAGGAGAUUCGCACGUUAUAACUCUAGUAGAUAAUAUAUUCUGAAGGGAGGCGCACACACACACACACACACGCACACACACACACACACACACACACACACACACACACACACACACACACACACACACACACACACACACACACACACACACACAAAGGAAGUGGCGGCUGGACCGGUUAACUGCGCGAGGAGGGUAAUUUUAUCUGUCGUCCUUCUUCCUGUUUCAACGGUCGGACUUGUAUCCGUUUUCGGUCGACGUUUCCUCGACCACCAUUUCGACCGCACGAACCACGCCAUACUGAUAGAAGUAUACAGAUAUGUGUGGUCGUAGAGAUAUGUGUGUAAAAAUCGUCGUGUACAUUUAAUAAACGAUGUACAGCAACAUUAUACACGGGAUAUAUGCGCGUACGUUACGUGCGUGUAUGCACAUUACGUUUCAAGCAGAAAACAUAUUCACGUGGCAACCUCUCGGGGAUUAUAUGUUUCAAAGGAACAUGCGAUCGCGAGUAAGAUGGGAAUUAAUUAAACAUCUGACGGAGCCACAAACGAAAACUGAUGAAUGAGACUGUGGUCCUGAAAAUGCAUUUUUCAUGUCUAUUUCAUUCCUCGAUCGUGCUUGCGCUUGAUAAUAUUCUGUUCCUAAAUUUUACAUGGUAAAAUAGAGAGAAUAUGUUAUAUUAUUUUUCUAUAUAUUUAUGCUCUUUCCAUGUAGCUACACAUUUUCAUUCUCAAAGGGAAUUCUCCAAAUUAUUUCUUUCUGGAGUUUUAUAUUAUCCGACACAAUAGUUAAAUGCUAAAUAUAAUUUUAUCAUAGAGUUAUGAUUAUCUCUUAUGAUUAUGUAUAAUUAACGUUAUUGAUUUCGCUUAGCGGUGUGAUUAGAAUGUGAUUAUAUAGAAUGACAAUAGAUAAUACAGUUCGUAAUCUUCAUGCUGCUUUAUUAAAAAUUUGAAACAGUCUCUUCGAUUCAUAUUAAAUUAAUAGCUUCAGAAUGUAAUAUGAGUGUGAACUUUAUGUGUUGUCGUUUUAGAUAACUACAAUCGUAAAAAUUUAUUUGAAAAUUUACGAUAAAAAGUACGUUUAAACGAAACGGUGUGACUUAUAGAUUACGCAUUAUUUCGAUACAUACACGUCUCUUGAUAUAUCAAUGUUAUAAGAAAUGUUCCAAAGAUAAUAAUCGUUGUUAUUGAGAAUUUUGAAAUCUAUACGGAACUGAUUGCGUAAUGUGAUUACCUUGAUCUGUAUGAACAUCAGAACUUAUUUAUGGGAAAAAAAAACAUACGAUGUGAGUAGAGAGUAAAAAUACUUAAAUGUUCUUCGAUUGAUAAUCAGAGUCUAUAUAAAUCCGCGUAAGUCUAUAGUUUUUCUUUACAUCAUAAAAAUUAUAUUGGACGAGUAGAAGCAGCGUUAAACAAAUCUAAAACAAAGACGGAAGUACAAAUACUAAACGAACGAUUAAAAGACCAAAAGCGUGUUAUUUUGUCUCACUGGAUUGAGUAAUAAUUCGAAUAAGUAAUUUCUGACGCAAAUAGCAAGUCGUCUUUCUCCGAAUACCAUAAAUCCCAACCCUUAAUCUUCUCAACGAUUCUAAAAUCAAAUAUUAAUCAAAUUGAGAAGAAUGAAGAAAAUUACUUGUUAUUUGCGUUAGAAGAGUCAUAUAUAUUUAACACUGUCAAUCCCCACGAAUGAUUUUUUACUUAGAUAGUGAAUAUAUUAGGUUAUUUACGAAAUAAAGAGGACCUUCUAUUUUCGAUAUUUCUGGUAUAAUAAAAGAUAAUAUCACGAUACUUUGAAGUGUUAUUCAAUAGUCUCCGUUGUUAUCGAUAAUACGGUCUUAGACCGGUAUUCAUAAUCGAUUCUUAUAUUUAAGAUCGUCUUAAGUAUCACUUUAAGAUGCCAUCAACCAAUCAGCGAGUUGUAUUAGCAUCUUAAGACGUUGCUUAAGACAAUCUUGAAAUAAGAAUCGACUAUGAAUACCGGCCCUAGAUUGUUGGUAGUUUACUAACACCAUUAAGAGUUCCAUUUUCAUUCAAGAGAGAAUUAAAAGAUACUAUUGUAUUUUGUAAAUGACCUAAUAUUUUCACUUAAAUUUAAUAAUGGUAGCAAUAUGAAAAUAAUUUAUGAAAUUAGUUGACAAAUUAUCCCAGUUAUAAAUUUUUAUGGGCGUUGUGUUCAAAAAUUGUGGAGGGAUAAAAUCUGUUUGCAUAUCGUUUAGAUUAGCGCACAUCCCGUUUGUAUGUUACUUAGAUUAUCGAAAAGUGUCCUAAGAUUGUAAAUAGUACUGGUGCUGUAUGUUCUAUCAAUGUUCUCGCAGCAAAUUGAUAAAACAUGAAUAUGAACAAAGUAAAAUAUACGUUGAUCGUAAAUGUUGCAAAA